CGCUGUUCCGCCUGCUGGCCAGCGAUAUCACUACCUCACUUAAUCAGCCAGCUACCUCAGUAUUCCCCAGCGACAUACUCAAUGGAACAAUGCCAACCCGCAUUAUCCCCGGCCCAGUCGUCUGCCAGGUGCUUGACAUUGAAGAUAUCGGGCACUCGCGCUGGUCGCAAGUAGAAUCAAUCGAGGCGAAAGAGCGAGGCGAGAUGACCAAAGGAAGGGAAAUCGUGCGUGUAGUGGAGCAAGAGAACGAGACCGCUGCCGAGGCUGCUGCGGCUGUGCAGAGUAAAGGCCCGUUCAAGCUCUUACUCCAGGAUGCCAAAGCCCUCAAAAUCUAUGCUCUGGAUCUGAGAGGCAUCGACGGCCUCAACACCAACAUGACCAUGGGUUUGAAGCUACUUCUAAAGAAUACCGACGUAAGAAGAGGCGUAGCUAUGCUGGAACCGGGCAAUGUUCAGAUUUUGGGUGGGAAGCUCGAGGCCCUCGAUAAGGCUUGGAAGGAGGGGCGAAAAGAGAGGCUGAAGGCUGCAGCCAAUUCGCCAGGACAAAAUGCGGGGUGAUAAGGCUGCAAAGACUACGACUUCUUUCUUUCGGCAACAGCAUCGGCGUGAUGAAAACAACAUGUCAAGCAUGUUCUGCGAAACGUGCAUCGGUGUCCUGCGCCACCAUCGUCACGUUAUCGGUUCUCCAACAAGAUCAAGCAAGUUGGACUGUGCAAGCAAGACCCAACCAUAUGUGGAGGUAGAUACCCAAUACAAACGGCUGAGACGGGAGGAUUGACAAGUUAAUCAGUCCGGUCAUCAUUGGACAUACGAGUCGCUCAUUGCGGCAGCAGCUAGCGGGUGUCCUGUCUGCCGGCCAACUUGGGAGAACUUGUCUGGUCCUCAACAGGACUUAGUGCGUGCUUCUAGACCCAAAGAUAAUGCAAAACCGAUGGCGGAUGCUUCA